GUACGUAUAGCAAGCGAACAUGGAUAUGGUGCAUGGAGUGAACCAUUAUUAUAUCAACCUGGUCUUGGUUUACCAUUUGGGCCAAUAAACCAUAAUGUUGAUAACGAUAAUGAUAAUGAUGAUGAUUAUAUGCAUAAUAAUAGCAUUGUUGAUUUGCAUUGGUCAUCACCUGGACCGCCAUUAUGGGUAUGGGUUUUACUAAUAUGCACCUUUGUGAUUAUUGUCCUCUUCACGUUGCUCAUUUGUUUACGACAAAAUCGAAAUCGAAAACGAUUAAGCGAUUGUGAUGGUAUCGAUUCCUAUAAAAAUGGUACAUUAACACCAGAUUUUAACGCACCAACUUCACAAGGCCCGGUACAGAAUUUUUUCCGCGGAAAAUUAGGUUCACCAUUGAUAAAUUACGGUUCAUCACAAUCAACUAAUUACGGUGAAACUACUCGUUUCAAGCCUUAUGUUGAUCCAGCAGCAUAUGAAGAUCCGAAUCAGGCUUUGUCGGAAUUCGCGAACGAUGUUGAUCCAGCAUUGAUACGUAUCACGGAGGUUAUUGGAAGUGGAGAAUUUGGUGAAGUUUGUAAAGGUAUCUUGCAACCAUCUUACAGGAUGAUCUCUUCUGAUAUUAGCCAGGUUCAGACUGUUGCUAUUAAAACGUUGAAGCCAGGUAGCAGCGAUAAAGCAAAAGGUGAUUUUCUAAUGGAAGCAUCCAUUAUGGGUCAAUUCGCUCAUGAAAAUGUAAUUCGAUUAAUUGGUGUGGUAACGAAAAAUGAACCAAUUAUGAUAGUAAUUGAAUAUAUGGAAAACGGUUCGUUGGAUCAGUUUUUACGAAGGAAUGAUAAUGGAAUUCUAUCAUUAAUGCAAAUAAUCGAUAUGUUACGAGGAAUAUCAGCUGGAAUGAAAUAUCUCACCGAAAAAGGCUUUGUACAUAGGGAUUUAGCAGCUCGAAAUGUUUUGGUAGAUUCAAAUUUGCUAUGUAAAAUUGCUGAUUUUGGUUUGAGUCGUGGUGUAGAUGGAUCUGUUGAACAAGAAUAUACAACAAAUGGUGGCAAAAUACCUGUACGUUGGACAGCACCUGAAGCUAUAACUCAUCGAAAGUUUACUGCUGCCUCAGAUGUUUGGAGUUUUGGUGUUGUUAUGUGGGAGGUUUGUUCAUUUGGUGAACGACCAUAUUGGGAUUGGACGAAUCAAAAGGUAAUCAGCGAAAUAACAUUGGGAUAUCGUUUGCCAUCACCGAUGGAUACACCAACAGCGUUGCAUAAUUUAAUGUUACAAUGUUGGCAUAUUGAUCGUCAUAAACGACCAACUUUUGCACAAAUACUUAAAAUUCUCGAAGAAUAUGUUCGUCAACCGGCACUAAUUUAUACCGAUGAUUUGAAUAAUUCAGCAACAGUAAAUACUGGAUUUUCAACAUUUGGUACGCUUUCAUGUUCGGUUGAUACGGAUACAUUAACAAAAUCUCUACCAUUAAUCUCACAACUUUCAUUGGAUGAAUUUUUGAAACGUAUUGGUUUGGGACAUUGUGCAUUGAAACUUAACAUGGCUGGUGUUAGCAGGAUUUCUGAUUUGAUACGUCUCGGUCAUAUUGAUUUACUCAGUUACGGGUUAAUUGCUGACGAAGUACAAAUGAUACGAAAUGCUCUGAAAAGGCCGGGUUUGACUACUACACUGCAACAUACGAGAAGUCGUCAGGAACAUCAACGCAUGCCAGCAAAUCAUUUCUCUCCUCAAUCUCGUCCUUCAGUUUUUACUUCAACCCGACUUGCAACAAUGCCAAGAGUGCUGUCAUCAAUUCCAACUUCCAGUAAAGAUAGCUUCUUUGUAUAG